AUGCCAGAGGGCUCGCUGUUUUGCUCAAUGUCUGCCACAUUCACCCUCAACUUUUUCCGUUCGGGUAUAAACUUCAAUAAGUGGGGAUCCUUCCAGCUGCCUGGCCUGCUCAACUUUGGAGAAUUUAAGUGCUCGGAUGGAGACAAAAACUGCCACUUAUGGACUGCAGUGGACCUGGCCUUCUUUGUCUUGAUGGGGAUAGCAGGUGGGCUCCUUGGGGCUCUUUUCAACUGCAUGAACAAGAACCUUGCCAAAUAUCGCAUUAGACACAUCCACCCAAAGGCCAAGUUUAUCAGGGUUAUAGAGAGCCUCCUGGUUGCCAUGGUGACAACAGUGGUGUUUUUUUCCGCUUCCAUGCUGUUGGGUGAAUGUAGGGACCUGUACUCUCCUUCAGCCCAUAACACCACAGUAAGCCUCUGCUAUUUCUUCCAGCAUUCCAAUCUUUACAGCAAGUGA